AUGACGAAAAUCUCUUCCAUCGACGUCCAAAGCCGCGGAAUCAAGCGACGAUCCAAGUCGCAAUCUUCUCGUCUUCGAUGGUCUGCGACAAAAAUCCGCAAGUCCAUUUCUGAAAAGAAUCUCGACGAAGUCUUCGCCGUGGAAGUGUCCGAAAAUCGCGUCAGACGUCAUUCCGUGAUGAACACACCGAUCAGAAACAAAACCGAUUUCACGACUCCACCCUGUCCUGGUUCUUGCCCGGAAAGAAAGCAAAAGACUACGAUGGUGAAAACCUUCAAGGGUUUCAAAUCGAUCAAGUCAAAAAUCUCCAAAUUGCUUCACCCAGGUCGAAAGCCAAAGCCCGUUCCAGUAUUUCGAACUCUCAACAGAAAAAUCUCCGACGAUUCCGUCGUUUUCUGGGAAGAAGUUUACCCCGACAGCCCAAUUCCAAGCAGAAGAAUGAAAAUCAACAAAAUUGAUGAAUAA